UGUAUGUGUGAGUCCGCUCAGUCCACCAAGGUUAGGUUGGGCACUUAUGUGUGUUAAGAGUCAGCAGACAAAUGAUUACAUUCUAGAGACCAUCUUCUUCUCCAACAGAAAAAAGUGAACAAAAGGACAAGAGACAUAGCCAUUACCCAUAUUAUGUGUCCCACGUCUCAGAAAAUUCCCACAUCCCUUUUAAACCAAACGAAGAGGCAUCAAUGGCGGAGAAUUUCCACGACUUGUCUCUAUCCAUCUGUCUUUUCUCCAUUCCUUCUUCUUCUUCUUCUGCAAACCCAUUAACAACCCAAUUGAAAAUUUAUGGUUGAAAAAGGAAAUUAUAUCAUAUUAUUUGUAAUCUCUGGGGUAGUAGAUUAGAUAAAAAAGAAGUGGAGGUGGAACUGAAAAGGAGAAGACAUAGAAAAGCACUUCCUCCUCCUAGUCCAUAUCACAUUCAUAUUUUUCAUACAUCCACAUUCACCUCACCCGCUGUAAAGUGUCACGUUGACUCCACCAUUAUUGUACUCACCCAUCAAUAUCUCCAUUGCUAGUGUUUGUUUUCAACCAGUUUUCUAGGCUUCCUGUAUGUAUGUAUGUAUGCAUGCAUUCGUUCAUUUACCUGUGUCAUGAGCUUCUCUUGAAUUGGGUUUAAUUAGUUUAUCAAACCUUAUUCUGCCCUUCUAGCUACAUUCUUGAGGGAAUGGCCAAACAGAGAUUUCUUCUUUCGCUAGUCUUCUUUUCACUGUUCAUGUUUACUGAUUCACUAAAUGAAGAAGGAAACGUUCUCUUAGAAUUCAAAAGCUCUCUUUUUGAUCCCUAUAACAAUCUCCAAACUUGGACCUCAUCAGAUAAGAUUCCAUGCUAUUGGAGAGGCAUAACAUGUGACAAUAAUUUCAAGGUCAUCUCCGUAGAUCUCUAUGGCCUUAAUUUGUCAGGUAAUCUACCUCCUUCCAUCUGUGAUCUUCCUUACUUGACUAACCUGAACAUAUCAACCAACUUCAUCUCUGGCCCUAUCCCGGAUUCCCUCUCUCGUUGUCACCGGCUAGAGGUUCUCGACCUUUGCACUAACAGAAUCCUUGGUGAUUUUUCAACCGGGAUAUGCCAAAUUGGCUCGCUCAAAAAGCUUUACCUCUGUGAAAAUUAUGUAAAUGGCGAAAUUCCAGAGGAGAUAGGACAUUUAACUUUGUUAGAGGAGCUUGUCAUUUACAGUAACAAUCUCUCAGGAAUGAUGCCCUUAUCACUUGGCAAGUUAAAAAGGCUGAGAGUUAUAAGGGCCGGGUUGAACAAACUUUCCGGUUCCAUUCCUGAAGAAAUCAGCGAAUGCCAAAACUUAGAGGUGCUUGGAUUGGCUCAGAACAAGUUAGAAGGUUCCAUACCCGUAAAGCUUCAGAAACUACGAAAUCUAACCAACUUGGUACUUUGGCAAAAUUCUUUAUCUGGAGUGAUUCCUCCCGAGAUUGGCAACUUCAGUAGCUUGGAAUUGCUCGCUUUACACGAGAAUUCUUUCAGUGGGAGCCUACCCAAAGAGCUUGGGAAACUAACCAAUCUGAAAAGGUUGUAUAUUUAUACUAACAAACUGACCGGACCCAUUCCAAGUCAGAUAGGUGAUUGUGUAAGUGCAGUUGAAAUUGAUCUCUCAGAAAAUAGAUUGAGCGGCUUCAUCCCAAAAGAAUUGGGUCAAAUUCCUAACCUCCGUUUGAUUCAUCUCUUCGAAAACAUCUUAGAAGGAAGUAUACCCGAAGAACUUGUGAAUCUGAAGCAGCUGAACAACUUAGACCUGUCCAUUAACAAUUUAACUGGCAAAAUCCCUUUGGGGUUUCAGAAUCUGAAGUUAUUGACGGAUUUACAACUUUUUGACAACAGUCUUGAAGGGACUAUCCCUCCUUUAAUCGGUGCCAACACCAACCUCUCUAUUCUCGACCUGUCGUCAAAUAACUUAGUGGGUGCAAUCCCUCCUAGUCUUUGCAACUGCCAGUCUUUGAAGUUUCUAAGCCUUGGUUCAAACAGGUUAUCUGGAAACAUUCCUCAUGGUCUGAAACAAUGCAAGCCCUUAGUGCAGCUAAUGUUGGGUGAUAAUAAGCUAACAGGAAGCCUCCCUGUUGAAUUUUCUGAUCUUCGCAAUCUUUCAGCUCUUGAUCUUCGUCAAAAUCGAUUUUGGGGGACGAUACCUCAUGCAAUUGGACAGCUUGGAAAUAUAGAGAGGCUUUUGUUGUCUCAUAACUACCUUGUGGGUUCUAUCCCGCCUGAGAUUGGGAAACUCCAACAGCUGGUUGCUUUUAACGUUUCCUCCAACCGACUAUCGGGUGGUGUUCCUCGUGAACUGGGUAACUGUUCGAAACUCCAACGGCUUGAUCUCAGCAACAACAGGUUCACUGGAAAAUUUCCAGACCAGAUCGGUACUUUGGUUAAUUUGGAAUUGCUAAAAUUAUCUGAUAAUAGAUUGGUUGGACCAAUUCCUGGUAGUUUAGGUGAUUUGGUCAGGCUUACUGAAUUGCAGAUGGGAGGAAACCUUUUCUCAGGUGAUAUACCUUUUGAGCUUGGUCAUCUCAUCUUUCUACAGAUUUCACUCAAUCUUAGCCAUAAUUCUCUUUCUGGAACAAUCCCAAACAAUCUGGGGAAUUUGCAAAUGCUUGAAUCUCUCUAUUUGAACGAUAACCAGCUUUCGGGUGAGAUCCCACCGUCCAUUGGUGGGUUGAUGAGUCUUACUGUUUGCAACCUUUCCAACAAUAACCUGGAGGGAACCAUUCCAAACACGUUAGUCUUUCGGAGGAUGGAUCCUAGCAAUUUCGUUGGCAAUGAUGGGUUAUGUGGAAUGGGUUCAAAUUCAAACCGUUGUCAUUCGUCUUCUUCAGUCUCUUCGGUUAAUACAAAAUCAAGCUGGUUGAAAGGCGGACCUCCAAGGGAGAAAAUAGUGGUGGCUAUCUCUGUAAUCGUUGCUUCUAUCUCACUGGCUAUUAUGGUAAGUCUUUGUUGGUUAAUGAAAGUGCGUUAUCCUGUUUUUACUCAACUGGAAGAAGAAGAAGAUGAAGAAGAAGCUAAGCGUAAUGUUCUUGAUUAUUAUUACUUUCCCAAAGAAGGUUUCGUUUAUCAGGACCUUGUCGAAGCAACCGAGAAUUUUUCAGAUCAAGCGAUUUUGGGUCGGGGAGCUUGUGGGACUGUCUACAAGGCGGUUAUGGGGGAUGGGAAGGUAAUUGCAGUUAAAAAACUGAAAUCUCAAGGAGAAGGCGCUAGUACAGAUAGAAGCUUCCAAGCUGAGAUAUCUACACUUGGAAAGAUCAGACAUCGAAACAUCGUAAAACUUUACGGGUUUUGUUAUCAUCAGGACUCAAAUAUCCUCUUGUACGAAUACAUGUCAAAUGGGAGCCUCGGAGAACAACUUCACAGAAAGGAAACGGUUUUACGAGACUGGGAUGUUCGGUAUAGGAUUGCGCUUGGAGCGGCUGAGGGGUUGUGUUAUCUGCAUUACGAUUGCAAGCCGCGAAUUGUUCAUCGCGAUAUCAAAUCGAAUAAUAUCUUGUUGGAUGAAACUCUUAACGCCCAUGUAGGUGAUUUUGGAUUGGCAAAACUCAUUGAUUUCCCUUACUCUAAAUCAAUGUCUGCUGUUGCCGGUUCAUAUGGUUACAUCGCGCCUGAAUAUGCUUAUACAAUGAAAGUGACAGAGAAAUGCGAUAUUUAUAGUUUUGGAGUUGUUUUACUCGAACUGAUAACUGGGAAAACUCCAGUUCAGCCCUUAAAUGAAGGAGGUGACCUUGUUAACUGGGUGCGAAGAUCGAUUAACAAUGGAGUUCAAGCAUCGGAGAUAUACGAUAAAAGGAUGGGCAACGUAAUUGGAAGAAAUAACAUGGAGGAGAUAUCUCUUGUUCUAAAGAUUGCAUUGUUCUGCACAAGUUCUUCACCGCUUAACAGACCAACCAUGAAAGAAGUCAUAGCCAUGAUGAUAGAGGCCAGGGAGACUGCAGGCAAUGCACCGUUGUUAUCGUCUCCUACCUCGGAAACUCCUCUAAACGAAGAUGAUUCUUGCAAAGUUCCCACUGAAACAUGAGAUCCAGUUUACACGACCAUUGAGUUAUGAGGUUAGAUUUUAGUACAAUAACUGUUUCAUUCAAGAAUGUGAACUGAAAUCAAACUAUGUAUUGAUAUGAUUUAUAUAAUUUCCCAUAUACACCA